AUGCCCGCUUCCAUUUGUGACCCAGUAUCUAGCGCAUUGCGUUUAUCUCUUGGUGCUGAGGACUCCCAGAGCUCGUCGUUGUUGGAUAGUAGGCUUUACUCUUCGGCCAAAAGUGUUUUAUUGUCAAAAAUAGAAUUUGAAGAAUCCGGUGACUAUCAGAGUAAUGUUUUAGAUGGCUUGAAAUCUAAGUACGUGGUUAUUAGGCCCAAAAAGCCAGUGCUUGAGAAUAAGCUACUAAAAAAGGAUGUUGGCCCGGGAAGUCAACUGGCAGAUACAAAAAAUCGAGAAGAAGGCUUGCCAAAGCCAAAACGAGUUUUAUUUCCUGUAGAAAAAGUUCAAUUAGGAUGGCAGGGCACAUGGAGUGCUGGAGCGGGUAUGCAAAAUGUAGGCAAUACAUGUUACCUUAACUCUACUUUGCAAGCUUUGUUCCAUGUCCCUGCCUUAGCUAAUUGGCUGGUUUCUGAAGCAAAUCAUACAGAAAAAUGUAAUCAGCAAGAAGCAUGCGUUAUCUGCGGCAUGAGAGCUACAUUGAUGACCACACAGAAGAGUGGUGGAGCACCAGUGAAACCUUGGCAGGUGUACUCAAAAUUGCGUUUGAUUUGUAGGCAUUUAACACCUGGGAGACAAGAGGAUGCACAUGAAUUUUUGAGGUACUUAGUGGAGGCUAUGGAAAAAUGUUAUCUCUCAAGAUUUAUAAACUCUGAUAAAUUAGACCAAUAUAGUAAAGAAACUACCCCCUUAAAUCAAAUUUUGGGUGGGUAUCUGCGGUCUACAGUAAGGUGCCUGGCUUGUCAUCAUUUGUCCACUACCUAUCAGCAUUUCCAGGAUUUAUUAUUAGAUAUAAGAAAACAUUCAACAUUGGAUGAAGCACUAGAUUCUUUUUUUUCCCGUGAAAGGUUGGAGGACUUAGGAUAUAAGUGUGAAGCUUGUAAUAAAAAGGUAUCUGCAACAAAACAGUUCUUUAUCGAGAGGGCACCCAUGGUGCUUUGCAUUGCAUUGAAAAGAUUUUCUUUAGCAGGUGGCAAAUUAUCAAAGCAUGUGCAAUUUCGCAAAAAAAUUACAUUGAAUAAAUAUAUUUACAAUAAAAACAAUCCUCAACAAUUGUCGUAUAAGUUGGUGAGCUUGGUCACUCAUCUGGGGCCUUCACAAAAUUGUGGGCACUACACAGCUAUAGGACAGGCACCUAAUGGCAAUUACUAUCAAUUUGAUGAUAGUUGUGUCAGACCACUGCCCCUCUCAGCUGUGCUAGGCACCAAUGCUUACAUUAUGUUCUUUGAAAAAGAUAACACAUCUGAUGAUAUCAUUAGCCAACCCAUAGCUUCUACUUCUAGUGCAGUGUUUAGUGAUGAUAAAGUUAGAAGAGAAGGGAGAGGUGAUGAGAGUCUGCGACCAAAACCAAGCCGAUGUGAUUCACCUCAAGGUCUGGUUGUUACAACAAAAGGAACCCACCAUAAUUGGACGGUUUCAAAAGAAAAGAGUGGACCUUUGCUUAGUCCAAGCUUGAACGGAGUAACCAAUAAAAGAGUUAAAGCAAAAGAGGAGCCACGCGGUGAAAAUGAACAAAGUCCAAAUACAAGUGUAAGUAGUAUGUCCCCACUGAGUGACCGCAGCGAGGUUGGCGUGAAUCCACUACCGAACAAUGUAGCAACAGCACCGGUUUCUGCACCACAGACUACUGGCAGCAUAGAAACUACACGUCAUUUGCAAGGUCUUUCACAUCGCGGGUAUGGAGCACCAGUUAGCUCCUGGAGUGGUACUCACAGUGCCCUUUCGCGACAGGUAUUUGCGGAAAGGCGAGAGGAACGCAAGCGGGCUAUUGAUUCUACAGAUGAUAUGGAUCGAGGGCGCAGUAAAAAAAUUAAGAAGUUCCAUCACUACAACCGUUUCAAUAACAAUAGGAAUGGUUAUAAUCCAUUUCAGGAGAAACAAAACAAGCCUCAUUGGGGUGGUAGUUUUAAGUACAGAAAUGAGCGACGUCCUUCACAUCACUUCAAUAAACAUCAUAAUAAUAAGUACAAGCGUUUUAACAGAUACAGCAAUGGGCAUCAUUACCCUAGACACCAU